AAAAAAACGUUUGUUUUCUCAAACCUCCGGAAGUUUAAGGUUGCUUAGCAACAGGCUUAUCAGCGUUGAUGGCACUUUAAUGUGUCAGUGUAACGUCGGUACCGAGCUUUUAUUGUUCAUAAAGGAACUUUAUUGAAGGACAAAGAAGAUGGAGAGAGCUGAAAGAGAGCAGGCUGAAGACAGGAGAGAACCUCCAGAUGAUCCACAACGUGGUGCAGAGCUUCUUUCUGAUGUCAGUGAAUCUCAGCAGGCGGCUUUCACAGACACCGAGGGAGAUGAGACGAGACAUGAUGAUGAAGAAGCUGUUGAUGAUGAUGAUGAUGAUGAAUAUGAUGAGCUCAUCGUCUUGGAUCCUGAGCACCCUCUGAUGAAGAGAUUCCAGUCGGCUCUGAAGAAGCACCUCACCGAGCAGCUGGAGAGACUGGAGCUGAAGCUACAGGAGAAGGUGAUGGAGGAGCAGAUGGAGAAAUCCAGGUGUGAGCAGCUCUGCACCAUUAUCUACAGUGAACAGCAGGAUCUUGCCACACUGCAGGCCUCUCUGGAGACUCUGCAAGAGAACAGAGCUAAAGCCACCAGUGACAGGAGACAAGCAGAGGAGCAGCUGGAGAUCACGAGGAAUGAGUACAGAAGCAUUACUGAACAGGUCAAAAAGGAACACAUAAAGGUGUCAGAGCUGCAGUCUGAGGUGGACACUUUUGCUCAGCGUCUGCUCUACAUGCAGGAAGUGACCACAGACCUGCACUCAGAAGUCGCUGCCAUAAAGAACACCAAGAACAAGGCGCAGGCAGAGAAACGGCAAGCAGAGGAGCAGAAACUCCAACAGGAUCUGUAUGUGGAGCAUCUGAUGAAGCAGGUGGAGAAACUGAGGGAGCAGAUCACUCUGUAUGAGGUGCAGACACUCACACAGACCAAAGACAAGGAAGCAGCGAGAGAUGCCUUAGCCGAGGCUCAGUUGGAGUUAGACUCUAUAGUAGUGGAGAAGAAGCAGAUACUCCAGCAGUUAAACAGCAGCAUGAUCGAGAUGAAGAGGAGAGAUGAGUCAGCCAAUCACGAGUUGGGUGCUCUGGACACAGAGUUGGAGGGAUACAAUCGCUCCAUCACACAGGAGCAGGAGAAGAAUGAGGUGCUGACAAUGAUGGUGAACCGUGCUGAGCUUAACAGAGACACCUACAGGAAGCUUCUCACACAGAUAGGCACAAAUAAGGAGGCACUGCAGAAACUCUGCACUACAUACACACGCACGCUCCAGGAGACUGAGAAAAGCCUGACCAGUGUGACCACCGAUUGCAGUGCACGUCAGUCGGAUCUCACUAUCCUGACGAAGCAGAUAGAGAAGGAGGCAUGUGUGAGGGUGGAGCUGGAGGAGAUCAUGAGGAAAAGGCAGGAGCAGCUCACACACGACAGCAGUGCCAAACACACACACCAUCUUACCAUGAAUAUUAUGGCUCAGCACAGAGAGAAGGAAGGCCAGCUUGCAAAAGUUAAGGGCGACUCAGCUGCAGUGACGCUGGAGGUCAGUGAGGUGGCGCUGCGUCUCGAGGCUCUCUCUCGCCUGCAGCAGGAGCAGGAACGGGAAGUGAAGGAAUGGAACCAGCUGCUUUUGACCAAAGAGGCGGCGGUCGCUAAACUCAUCUCUACCAUCGAGCGCAACCAGGCCACCAUCAGCAUGUAUAACAAGAAGAUCGAGCAGAUCAGGGCAAGCACAGGGAUCGAGGUGAGGGCUGGAAAAAGGAGCAGCAUCAGUCCUGGUUCUGGCAGCAGGGGGAGCUAGUGAGACUAAGACAGGAGAAACAAGCACAAAACAGUGCAACACAAACUCUACACACACAGCUCACCAUCCUGCAGCAGAGGAACAUCCGCAACAAGAAGGUGAGAUUGAGCAGGAGGAACGUGGUCUGGUUGAGUUGGAGAGAGAGUCUAAAGUUCUGAGGUUAGACAUGGAGAAGCUGAAUUCACUCCUGAACCAGAAAACACAACUGAAACAGGAGCUGGAGCAGAGCAAUAGCCUGAUGGAGAAAAGCUUCAUACAAACACUCAAGGUACUGCUACACACACUCUCACACACACGCACACACUCGUGUGUGUGUGUGUGUGUGUGUGUGUGUGUGUGUGUGUGUGUGUGUGUGUGUGUGUGUGUAAGAUGCAGAGAGGGAGUCUGUAGAGACACAGCUGCUUCUAGAGAAGAUCCAGGAGGAAAAAAAGCUAUUAAUGAACAGCCUGGAGGAAGCAGAAUGACAGAUCAUGUUGUGGGAGAGAAAAAUUCAGCUGGCAAAGGAGACUCGUUUGGCUGUGGAAUCAGAGGUUGGAAAGGGUGACAUGCAUACCAUCAAAGCUGAGAUACAUCGCAAGGAGCGUUAUUACAACCAGCUGUUGAAGCAGCAGAUGAUGUUGAGGGAGAUGGAGGCGGCAGUCGCUCGACGUGAAAACAUAGAGACGCAGCGAGGCUCAGACACAGAGCAAUCGCAAACACACAACACGUGCCAACCUUCAGAACACACUGCAGAACCUUGUGUGUUGUGACUUUAUGUCCUGAAUCUGCACAAAACAUCCCAUAAUUCUGUGAAAAAACAAUGUGGUUUAUAAUAUUUUUUCCAAAUAAUUUUUGAUUGUGUAAGUUUUUUAAUUCCUGAUUUCAUCAGAAGUAACAUACUUAGUUUAGUGGUGUUGAGAUGAGUUUUGUUCCUAAAAGAACCCAUAGCUGGUUAGAGAACAUAUGUAAACAAGCAGCUUCACAGAGAACAAGCAGCAGGGGCAAUUCCACCAGCCCUUCUUGUUACUAAGUUUAAUGCCUGUAAAAACCAUAAAGACAUUCUUUAAGAAUGAAGGUAGCAAUUAAAGAAAAAACAUUUCAAACAUCUGACCUUGCUGUGGAAAACAACAAAGUGAUUCCAUAUAGAACACAGAAACAUUCAGCAUCUCAUUCAGCAUCGACCCCCGGCCUCCUCCACCUAGUAAUGGAGGAAGCAACAGGGAAAGAAUAGUCAUUGAGAAGUUUAAAGAAGAGAUGAGUCAGAAAAACUACUCUGACUCUUUAAUAUGAUGCUGCCACCAGCACCUUCACAGGAUGAGCAUUGUUCAGUGUUCUCACAGCACUGUUGUGUUUAUUGCUUUCUAGAUAUGUAAUCCAACAAACUCUGGGCUUUUCCCAGAACAGAUGUAACACUCUGAUUGACUCAAAUAAUCUAUUGUUGCUCCCAAUGGAAACUGGUUCCAAUGGAACAAAUGUAGGGGUUUAUGUCAGGUGAAUACUUUUGUUUUUCACACCUAUUCAUUUAUCUGUCACAGUAAACUAAAUUAUGUGUGUGUAUUUGUAUAGCAAGCAGAGGAGUAUAGUGGUGUGAUAGCAAAGCUGCAACAGGAGCAGAGUUCUCUUUGUGAGAGUCUGAGAGAGAAGCAGAUGCAGAUCACUGACCUCAAAAACACUAGCUCCGCUUAUAAAGAUGACAUCAAGGACAUACAGGAGACCAAAGAAAAAAUGGAACCUGAUCCAGCUGCUCGCUCUGCAAUCUCGGGUGAAACAGCUGCAGUUGGUGAUGGAGGGUCGCUACAGAGCCACGGCUAGAGAAGAUGCGCUGCAGCUCCCCAUGAACACACUGCAAGAAGAACUGAACACGAUCAGACACGGCACACUCUAGGACACAGAGAACAUCUAGAAGAGAUAACAUUUUAACAACAUCUAAAAUUAUGAUGUAAUGCUUGAUUUCAGUGUGUGUGUGUGUGUGUGUGUGAGACAGACCAGAGACGUUCUACAGCAGGUCCUUCAGGACUUACCUCAGUACAAGUCUAUGCUCCACUGGAUCUGUCUCCUCCUCUCUGCACACACACUUGUAGGAAGAGUAAAAGACCACUAUGACACUUGUCGGUUCUUGUGUGAGUCUGGCAGCCUGUCUUAGUUCGUCUGCUUUCCUAGAUCUCACACAGGACCUUUUUUGUUCCCGAAAGUCCUUUCAUAAUGAGGAAAAAGACAACAGCAACAACCUGGAAGUGUGUGUUCUGACAAGAACAUGCUGCAUAAAAUGUACAAAAUUCCAGUAACUUCUAGAAUAUCCAACAUUUCGAGCAUUUAGCAUCCAUCCAUAGCAUUUAGAGACUUCUAACAUUAUCUGUGUUUGCACAUGUGUACCAUUCUAGAACAUCAAACACUGAUUUUUGCCCAUCUAGUGUAUUACUGUAACUUUUAACAUUCUAGAACAUUGAAAACUUCUAGAACCUCUAAUAUAGUUCUGAUUCCAGACAAAUUAAAGGAAUAGAUUUAAAUGAUGAUUUAUAUAAAUGGUGAUCUUACUGAUGCUGUUGAUAUCAGAGACGUUCUUGUGCUGUUUACUCUAAAAGUCUCUGUUAGCAUUGAGUGGGUGGGGCUUACUGUCUCCCACCUGUCACUCACACAGGUGUGGGUGGCACAUGCGUGUCAUUUGGGAUGAUGCAACAUGUUUUAGGUGCAGAUAAUCAAUUAAAUGGGUUUUUAUCAUUAAAACACA